CAUUGUACCUUUCACAUUGAUCAUUUCCCUGAGAGUUAUAUAGAGUAGUUCUGUUGGUGGGAACACCUUUUUCAUGAAGAAACUGUUUUAGUUCUUUACUCAUGAAUGAUGGAUCUCGGUCAGAAUGAAUGUAAGGCGGCAUUGAGAAUAAUAUACACAGACAUUUCAGACUGUUGGUGUUGUCAUGUCGAUACACGAAAAUGCAAAAGGGAAUCUUCAGAACUCAGGAUGUAUUUAUUUUGCGAAGAACUUAGUAGUGGUCCCCUAAAAUCUAUAUUGAGAUGUUUAAAUGGCUACGUGGGUUUUAUAAGAUGCACUUUUGUUGGUCGGAAAUGUUGUGGCUUGCACUCACAACAUAUUCAUAACAGCUAUUAGUGAUACACUUAACAUCAACAUCUGAGUAGGGGAGAUUCUUGCUGCGAACGAAUGCACACAUUCUGGUAACUCCAGAUGACAUAACCAAUCAUGUAAGUCAGUUAAAAUACUGGUAUUGAUAGUAGAGCAAUACACAAAUGUAAAUGAAUCUGGAAUGUUAUUUUCUUCUUCAGGUCGGUAGUGAAUAUCAAAGCUGUAGCAACCAAGCUCCAAACGCCAACGAUUAAUGUUGUCAUUUUUGAAACAACGUUUUUUGUCAAACAUGCAAGCAACACAUUUUUGAUUGGUUGUCAAAGUGAAAUGGUGGCCAGAUAGGUAGCGUUUCCAAUGGCGAACAGAUUCUAAAAUUGCACAAGUCUUUCUCAACUGCUGGAUACUUCAGUUCGGAGCCAUGCAUUGUUCUGAGAAAGAGCUAUAUUAGAAGCAUCAGUUUCUAAUUCGAAAGAAACGGAUUCAUCUACUGAGCAUACUACAAAAUUUGCAAUAUCAAGUUACAGGGCAAAAAGAUGAUUCAUCACAAAUGCCUUGCAUAAUUGAAGUCAGGAAUAUACCAAAAAAGUUUUUGGCUGAAGAAUUUUUACACUCUCACUUUUCAAAGUUUGGAAUAAUUGUUAGAGUUGAUAUAAAAGUGCAAACCAACACUGCUUGCAUAACUUUUUUAAACCGUGAAGGUGCUAAAUCUGCUAUGCAGAGUGGAAACCUAUUGGAAGAUGGAAAUUCUGUUGAAGUUAAUUUUGUAGGGUCUAAGUUAAACAAGCUACUGGAAAGGGAUGCUGUUAUGAAAUUUUGUACGGAAAAUAAAACCAAGAGACGGAAUAGCUUUGAUAAAUUUAAAACGUUAUUGGCAAAUUUGGUGCAAGAUUUACAAUUAGUUGUUUGUUAUGAUUCAAAAUCAAAAUUUGAUGUUUUGGAUCAAAUUGAUAAAGCACUCCGGAAAGGUCUUAAACGUGACAGAGAAGAAUACAAAGCACUUUAUGGAAUAUGCAUGGAUAUGUGUCCUGAGAAGGAAAGAUACAUGCGAGAAGAUAGAAAUCAAAUCAGCUACUAUGAGCAAAAAAAUCAAGAAGAUAAUGUAGCUUUUAAUUCCAAUAAGAUAGACCACAACAGAGCAAUUAAAGAAUAUAGUCGUUCAUCUGCUGAUCAAGAAGAGCCAUUGCCCCAUGAAUUACGUCCAGCAUUCAUUUUAAAACAGACAAUGAAUUUUCUAAUUCAAAAUUUCAUUAAAGAAGAGUUUACACAGAGGCAAGAUUGGUUUGAUUUCAUAUGGAAUCGUUCAAGAGCCAUAAGAAAGGACAUCACACAACAGAAUCUUCAUUGCUUGAACAGCAUUGAAGUAAUUGAAAAAUGUGCCAGAUUUCAUAUCAUGUGUUCUCAUCACCUCUGCGAACAUGACAUGCAUGUGUUUGAUGCAAAGAUAAAUUUGGAAAACCUGACAAAGUGUUUGCAGACAUUGAAACAUAUGUAUGAAGAUACAUCCAAAGAAAAGAGCAUGCCAUGCAAAAAUGAGGCGGAAUUCCGUUGUUACCAAAUUUUGUUAAACUUGAAUAACGGGGAUAUACUAAGGGAAGUUAUGGCGUUCAGUCAAAAUGUUCGAGAUUCAUAUCCAGUGCAAUUUGCACUGCAAGUUUUCUCUUCAGUUCAGGAGAACAACUAUAUAAAGUUCUUCAAAUUGCUACGACAAACAAGCUAUUUGAAUGCAUGUUUGAUGCAUCCAUACUUCAUACAAAUAAGAUCAAUUGCUUUGAAACUAGUGGCACGUGCAUUUAGUGUACCCAAACAGGAUAUUGGGUAUCCCCUCGAAAAAAUAAAAGACAUUUUGUUAUUUGAUGAUGUCAAAAAUGCAGUUGACUUUUGUAGUCAUUAUGCUUUUGCAACGGACAAUGCAAAUGUUUAUCUCAAUCGAAUAUCGUUUAUGACACCAGAUGAUAGCUUUCCACGUAAAAAAUCUGUUGUAAUAUCAAACAAGUGCAUGACGUCUUUGGCUGAGGUUGUCAUGGGUAGUGCUUUGCUCCCUCUACCUAGUUAUACGCCAACAAAUAGUUUCUCGUUGACUGGUCACUACAUUGGAGUUUAUCACAAGCUUGAUUAUGCUUCUGAUAUGAUUGACGUACUAGAUAUGGAAGAUGAAACAAUUCUUACUAAGGUGAAAGAGGUUGAAGCGGAAGCACCUGUUGGCUUCGCCACUGCGGCAUCACAAAGUAUACCUAGUGUGAUUGUUAUUGAGGAUAGUUCUGAUAAAAUACCACAAAAAGAUGAGUCUGCAUUUAUUAGUCAUAAUGUUGAUGCAUUGGAUUUGCGAGAGAAACUCAAACGGAAGCGAACACAAAAUAACGAUCCCGAGUUUGUUGUAACAAACGAAGACAUAGAAGAUGCGAAUGUGAAUGAAGAUGAAAAUCAUGCUACACAGCAAGAACCUCACAUAAUGAUUUUAAGAGAAGACAUUUUAAUUUUUAGUAAAGACAUUAUCGAUGAGGAAAUAUUCUUUGUCGUUCAAGAUGUAAUAUCUGAAGUAUUCACCGAUAUAAAACACGAACAACUGCAAUCAGAGGGUGCAUGUCAGCAGUUGUUAGCAAUGACCUGUAUUCAAGAGGCUCGUGCUACUGUCAUGGAAGUUAUAGAAGAAGAGUGGUCGAAAAACAAAAAAAAGCAGGCCAAACUCUUCGAAGAAGAAAUUAUUACUGCAUGCACCGAACUCAUCGCUGGUCACGUAGAAACAAUGUUAAAAGGAUACUGUCAAGAAGUAUACAGAUAUCAAAUCGAACAUAUAGACAACUCUGUGGAACAGGUUACAACGAAUGCGUUUGUUGAGAACACCAUAACGUUAGUGGUUAAUCGAGAAGUUCGUUCCGCCGCUGCAAAUGCUUUGGAAGCGACAAUGGCUGAACGAAAAGAAAACUUAUUAAUGUUGAAACAGCAAUUUACAAAUGCAAAGAUAAGGAAAUUGUUUCAUCAAUGGAUGAGAGCUUUCAAAUACCAUACUUUAAUUCUAUCCACACUACAAGAGUUUCCUCCGUUGGCGCCAUUUAAUUCGACCACGGAUGUGUUACGCUUGCUUGAUCCCAACAUGUGGAAACAUCGAAAUAACCGUCUCUCCUUUGCAGAAGUCACAAAGAUGGAGAGCGAGCAAAGUUAUAAAGGUGCUCUACGUUCUUACCAACUUCAUAAUGAAAAAAUACGUGACAUCCUGUUAAAACCGAUUUUGCUUGAGUCACUCUUCGAAGACUUUUUACGGAAUGCUAGUCUCGACCGACGGUUUGCAAAAAAAGAUGCUUAUUGGAGACUUGUUAUAAAUAGUUCGGCUAGUUACGACGGGCCAGACACAACUUUAUCUCCAGGUUUAAUUAUGAAAAAACUUCGUAAUAUACCUGAAAAGACUUCAAGAAAUAAGAUCUUCAAUGCUGUUAUUAAAAAAAAUGGAGAAUCUUCAGGUUAUUUAUCAAUCACGAAUAUACCUCCACGCGUGAAACAUGGAAUAGAGUGGUUGUAUGGAAACUCAGGCUUAAUGUUUAUUGUUAAUGUUCCCCACAAUCCCUCCAUGGAGUUUUGGACAAGGAAUGCAGCAGCAAUAACACUUUUGUUGAGAUCGAGGGAAACAGAUGCCGACAUUCCACUUGCUGUGAUUGUACUUACCAUGCAUUAUGUCACAACAUCACAAGCUAUCGAUAACCUGAAAUUACGGCAUGUGUUGGAGGGUGGAGACACAAUGCUUAAAUGUGUGGUAUUUAACAAGAAUGUAGUCGACGCGAUAGAUUUUAAUAAAAGAUUGCAGUCUGUUUUUGCGUGGCUACUUCAAAAAUCGUGCCCAUACCUUCCUAUGACUUCUAAAACGAUUCUUGCUUUUGUCGAAGAAGUUAUGGGUUCAAUGUUUUUCAAACUAUUCCACGAGUACUGUCUACAUUGUAGAAGCAUGGUCUUGCCUUCCCCUAAGCCCAACGACAUUUUGGCAUUAUACAAUAACGUUUUACAAGAAAUAGCUUUUUUUGUUGAGCGAAGUGAACCUCGAAAUCCUGAACUAGAUGAAGAAGAUGAUAUUUUUUGGAGCGACAGUAGUGUUUUGCAGAAAGCCCGUGAUUUGAUACUGCGGUUAACUCUUCCUUCGUUGCCAAAUUGCGAUGAGUGUGACUGGGAUGCAUCAUACGAAACCUGUCUGCAAUAUGUCCAUCACGUCUUUUCCAACACAACGUCAGUAUUAACCAACAGAAUCGACUCUCUAUUGAGACAAAAGAACCAGCGUCUUUUCCCCUGGUCAGACGUUCUUGAAUUGUGCAUCAUCAAAAAAUUGAGUUCAAUGUAUCCAACUGCUGCAGAAGAAAAUAGUUUUAGCAACAUCGUACAUUAUUAUGAAGAUGAUGUAAAACAACUGCGCGUAAAUAACCCUCUUAAGUUACACAUAAAAGAUUUUAGUAUGUCAAGAUUGUCAGCCGAAAAUAGUAACAUUUUAAAGAAGAGAAAAUACUCACGCGAACAUUUGUUGAGAGAUUCCAUCGAAAACAUUAAUGCAGAAUUGGAAGAAUUAAACGAGAGCUUCAAGCGAAAACGAAAAUCACCGUCUCGAUUAUCCAACAGUUAUGCAGCAACGGCACAAGUCCAAGAUUUAUUAAACGAGACUGUUUCUUUGUGUCGAAAUGCGAAAAAGGAAAAAGAAUUUAAUAAGUGUCGAAAUUCAGCCAGGCUAAGUUUUUUUCGUGACGCGUGCUACACAACAUCAGAAAGAGAGGAAACUUCUAGAAGUAGAUCUUUUUCACCGAGUUACGAUAAAUCUCCGUACAAUGUCAUACCUUUUUCAAAAAGAAGAUUCUUCAAAUCAUCUUUAGAAAACUCUGUAAUGGACUGUUUAGAGCUAAUCGACAAUACGAAGACUCGAGUUCAAUCCAAUUUAGAAUACUGGCAGAAAAUCGUUGAUGAGAGAUGAAAAUGGACAUUUUUAAACAAUUUUUUGCACUUUUGUAAAUAUGAUUUUUGUGAGCACAAAGAGUUUUCGUUCUGAA